UUUUUUCUGAGAUGCGCAAACGUCAGGCAACCGGUCACUUGGAUGGGUCGUUGCGGUAACAUGGUUAGUUGCCACAAUGGUUGCGCUGAGUGUGGUCGUGCUGUCGUGCUUGGCUCUCGCCGCCGCCACCGACGUCGACCAAUGUCCAGGUGGGCGGACCGUUGAGACCCUCAGGAGCGACGUCGUUCUGACGCCGUGCAAGAAGCUGCCAUGCAAGCUCAAGAAGAACACCAGACAACACGUCACUUUUAAAUUUAAAACCGAUAAGGAAAUUAAAGAUCUGAAGAACCACGUGCAAGCGGAGGUGUUCGGAGUGCCGCUGCCAUUCGUCGGCGUGGACGGCAAAUCCGUGUGCGACAAGCUGGAGACGGAGGCCGGGGAGAAGGCCUCCUGCCCGCUGGCUGCCGGCACUACCUACAUCUAUAAGGACUCGUUCCCCAUUGAAAGCUUCUAUCCAAACAUAGAAGUACGGGUGCACUGGGCUCUGCAAUCGCACGGGAAAGAUGUCGCGUGUUUUGAAGUACCCGCUAAAAUAGCCAAUUAGUGUACCUAUUGGACAUGUUUUCUUCUUAAAAUAAAAAAAAAUCGACUUAGUAGUUUCGUAACAACUAAGUCCAUUUUGAUGAUUCUUGGCCAUAUUUGGGCAUAAACAGAAUCGUAACGUAAUGUAUAUGUCGCUUAUGAUGAGAGGUUUAUGGUUUAAGUACAUAAGUAUUUAAAUUGUUACAGAAUAAAUAGUUAUAAAUUCUAUUGAGUUAGACUCAGUUACAUCUGAGAUGCGGAGUAGGAAAAAAUAUACACUAAGUAUUGCACAGAAAAACUCAAGUAUCUCAAACAAAAAAGACUAAGCCAUGUUUAUUGUUCAUGCUUUAAAUAGAAUGCAAUAAUUAUUUUAAUAAAUGGAAGACAAGUGUUUAAUAAAACCGCUCGUAGGUACUUA